AAAGGCAAGGAGAAGAAGGAGGAGCAGGUGAUCAGUUUGGGACCUCAGGUGGCCGAGGGUGAGAACGUCUUCGGCGUCUGCCACAUCUUCGCCUCCUUCAACGACACCUUCGUGCACGUCACCGACCUCUCCGGGAAGGAGACCAUCUGCCGCGUGACGGGCGGCAUGAAGGUGAAGGCGGACAGAGACGAGUCGUCCCCGUACGCCGCCAUGUUGGCGGCGCAGGACGUGGCGCAGCGCUGCAAGGAGCUCGGCAUCACCGCGCUGCACAUCAAGCUCAGGGCCACCGGCGGCAACCGGUCAGUCGC